AUGGUGUGUAUGCGAGACUCUAAGCUUGGCCUUGACUGCGCACACUGAUCGCGCAUUCUUCUUUGCACGUCCACGCACACAGAGCUCUGGCGACUCCCUCCGACGCAAGCUCGUCAUUGUAGGCGAUGGUGCCUGCGGUAAGGUGAGUUGUGGCGCGUUGCUCCACUUUGAGUCAUCAAGCUGGCAGAGGUGCAGAUCAGCACACAGUCAUCCCUGAUUGCAUCUCGCUGACUCUCGAACUCCUACUCAACUAUGCCGACCAGACCUGCUUGUUGAUCGUCUUCAGCCGUGGAACCUUCCCAGAGGUGAGCAGAGUGUUUGGGCGAUCGCGUAGGGAGCCGUAGGGGCGAUGGCAUCAGUCGCGCGCUGGUGGACGACUCCGAAGGAGUUUACAUUAAAGGCGCCCGCGCGGAAGGCGGAGCGCUCGGCCAUCCGUGGCACCUUGACCUUCCUCGGGCUGUCUAUCACGAUCAGCUCCAACUGGAAGGAUGCUCUCUUGCUUGCGCGACUGCUGCCAUCACUCUGGUGCAGGCUUCCCUUUCGGAUGCGCUUCGACAGCUCGCGGCCCUCCAGCGCUUACACCUUCCUUCGCUUCUUUCAGGUCUACGUCCCCACUGUCUUUGAGAACUACGUCGCGGAUGUCGAAGUGGAUGGCAAGCACGUCGAGCUGGCCCUUUGGGAUACCGCUGGUCAAGAAGACUACGAUCGUCUGCGUCCUCUCAGCUACCCCGACUCGCACGUCAUUCUGAUCUGCUUUGCCGUUGACAGUCCAGACUCUUUGGACAAUGUGCAAGAGAAGGCGAGUUUGCAGUCACACUGUCCGUCUUGAGAGCACUAUGGCUGACGCCACAAACUAUCACUGAUCAUUCCGCAGUGGAUCUCUGAAGUCUUGCACUUUUGCCAAAACCUGCCCAUCAUCCUCGUCGGAUGCAAAAAGGAUCUGCGUCGUGAUCCCAAGAUCAUCGAGGAGCUCCGCAAGACUAGUCAGCGACCAGUCAGCCCAGAGGAGGUGCGUAGUGCGCUGCGCACAAGUCAGCUCUUUUGGUCUUUUGACUGACGAAUCUUGUGAUCUCUUUUGCACAGGGUAUGGCCGUGGCACAAAAAAUUGGAGCUGCCCGUUACCUCGAGUGCAGUGCCAAGUCGGGAGAGGGUGUGCGGGAAGUCUUUGAGCAUGCUACUCGCGCUGCGCUCCUCAGCAAGAGAAGCGGCUCAAAGAAGACCAAGUGCGCCAUCCUCUAA